AUGCACACAUUCGUCGUUUUGGUGUCUACUACCAUAGCAACGCUGGUUGCUGCACAUCAAGGUGAUCCCGUAAUUACUGCCAAAUGUGCACCAUUUCCACGUGCCAAACAGCGUCCCAACACGCCACGAGCUAUGGAGUUGGGUAUGAAUCAGACAUGGUAUGCAGAGAUGCCUUGUACCAACAUGACCGAGGGAACGAAAACAACCGGUGAUGAUCUGCAGGACUACUUUCAGGCGCAAUGGGGUGCUCGAAAAUCUGGUUUUUAUGCACCAGGAGACGUAUCCUUUGUCACGGAUCCAUUUAGCAAUAGCAGUGAUGGUUCCGCGGUAAUGCGUGUUUAUUACCAAAAGGGCUCUUACACACCCAGCGGAUCGGAUGACGAUGUUACGGGUGGCUGUCAAUUUUACAUGUCACCUUUUGAAGGGCAAGCAUUCAAGAAAGGAUUGGUACGAUAUGAUGUGGCCUUUUCAGAUAACUUUGAUUGGGUCAAGGGUGGCAAGUUACCUGGUGUCUUUGGUGGUGCACAUGGGACCCGCGGCUGUACGGGUGGUGAUAUGGCUAAUGGAGAUAAUUGCUUUUCAGUACGCUUAAUGUGGCGUGAAAAUGGAGAAGGCGAAGCAUAUGCCUAUUUACCACCUAGCAACCAUGAUCUAUGUCACACAGAGGGCAUAAUGUGUAAUGACGAAUUUGGUACAUCAUUGGGACGAGGCUACCUGCAAUUUGAGAAACAAACAUGGAGCACCAUUGAGAUAUUUGUGCAAAUGGACGACGUGGACAAGCCAAACGGCAUCUUGCGUGUAUGGCAGGAUAGUCGACCUGUGAUUUUCAUUGAAGGUCUUUCUUUCCGCACUAUCAAAUCAUUUGCUGUAUCAGAUGUCCUUUUCAGCACGUUUUAUGGCGGUGGAUCGAGCGAUUAUGCUGCUACCGAUGACACUUUUGCCUACUUUCGCGAUGUCCAGUUCAGCGUAGGUGAACCAGAAACGCUUGUUCCACCUCCAAGCAUGGCAUCGUUAUCCUCCACAUCACCCACCCUCAUUAUUGUUCUUUGUAUCAUCUCUUGUUUAUUGUCAUUGUAUUCGUAA